AGCAUGCUGCUAGAUAUAUGAGCCUUGGGAUCAGAAGAGAAGAAAAGGGAAGUGCUGGAGUUAUACAUUUGAUAUUUAUCAACCUAUGGAUGGUAAAUAAAGUCAUGGGAAUGGGUGACAUUGCCUCAGGAGAGAUAAUAGGGCAUGACCGGAAAAUAGCCAAGAAUGGAAACAACUAUAUUUAAGGGAUGAGCAAAGAAGAGAAUCCAGCAAAGGAGACUGAGAAGAAAUAGAAAUACAGAGGACAGAAAUUUUCAAUGUUAUGUUGGUGGCAGGAUUGCUAACAGUGGAGCACUUGAUAUUAAAGAUAAUGAUGACUUGAUGUUGUUUAUGAUGCUGUGAACGUUAGUGAAAUUGAAGAAUAAACAUCCAGAAAUAUUCACUUAUUUUCAGCUCAGUUCCACCAAAAUGUCAGACCAAUAUCCUUUCAGUUCUCAGUUCAUGUUCCAGACCAACAUCACUUGGUUCAGCCCCAUGUUCUAUCUCACUGGCUUUCCUGGAUUGGAAGUCAUGGAACACUGGAUUUUCAUUCCAUUUGUUUUUAUGUUCCUGGUGGCCACCUCAGGCAAUUGUUUCACCCUGAUAAUCAUUAAGACCAACCCUCAUCUACACACACCCAUGUACUAUUUGCUGUCAUUGCUGGCCCUCUCUGACGUGGGACUGUCAGUGUCCACCUUCCCCACAACUAUGGGGAUCUUUUGGUUCAACUGCCAUGGGAUCUACUUUGAAGCUUGUCAAAUCCAGAUGUUCUGUAUCCACUCUUUUUCCUUUCCGGAAUCUUCAGUGCUCCUCAUCAUGUCCUUUGACCACUUUGUGGCCAUCUGCCGCACCCUAAGAUACUCAGUCAUAAUCACUGACCAGCGAGUGGUCAGAGUAGGUCUGGUCAUCGUCCUCCAGGGCCCCCUGGCCCAUGUCCACAUUUUCCUCCUCUUGAAGACUUUUCCUUACUGUGGUCCUCAAGUCCUCUCCCACUCAUAUUGCCUUCGCCAGGAAGUAAUACAUCUGACCUGCACAGACACUACCUUUAACAACCUAUAUGGACUGACAGUGGUGGUGUAAACUGUAAUGCUGGACCUGAUGCUCACUGUGCUGUCUUAUGGGCUCAUCCUGAAAACAGUGGCAGGACUGGCCUCCCAAGAGGAGCGGCUUUGAGCUUUCCAAACAUGUACCUCACACCUCUGUGCUGUGCUGGUAUUCUUUGUGCCCGUGGUGGGGCUGUCCCUGGUGCACCACUUUGGAAAGCAUGCUCCACUUGCUGUCCACCUCCUCAUGGCCAACAUCUACCUCUUUGUGCCUCCCAUGCUUAACCCAAUCAUAUACAGUAUCAAGACCAAAGAGAUCUGCUGUGCCAUAAUCGAGUACCUAGACCUUAGAAAGGACAAUGCUGAGUUCUGGGGCUAA